AUCAUAUUCGGCGACGGACAGGCCGGGCGAUGGGGUUCCUUGCACAUCAUUCACCACCGCUUCUGACGACGGUAACUGUGGUCCUACUUGCGUACGCUGGGGCAGCUGCAGUUGCAGCUGCGCAAGGAUCCGCCGCCGGCGAUAAUGGCGCCGCCGCCGCAGUCGUACCCUCUGCAGCGUCUCUCGCGGGCUGUCCCAAGACGUGCGGCAACCUGAGCAUCGCGUACCCCUUCGGCAUCGGCGCCGGCUGCUUCCGAGACCCUGACUUCGAGCUCAUCUGCAACACCACCACCACGCAGCCGAGGCUCUUCCUCACCGGCGGUGACACGGAGGUCGUUGCUGACAUCGAUCCAACUUACACUUACGGAACUGAGGGAACAUGA